GCCCUGGCUUCCCUGGGCAGCUGUGUGCAUAAAUCCACAACCCUGAAGGAACGAGUGGAGAAAAGGGUGAGAGGGGAGGGAGGAAGAAGUGUCCUGGCUUGCACCCAUGGAUUCUCUUGAGAUGAAAAGAAGAAAAUGCCCGGCCACAUCCCUCCUGCUGCUGCUGCUCCUCCUGAGGUGUUCAGAGCUAGGUGAGGGAGUCAGUUUUGGAGAGAAAGACGCAAAAGUUCUGAGGGCCAGGAGGGAGGGGGUCGGGGUCCUUGGAAGAGGAACCUCUUGGGACUCAGACAGCGCUGGUCCUGAGUGGAGGUAUGGAAUAGUAGGAACAAGGCAAAAUGUUUUUACUAAAGGCUCAGAAAGCAGCCAUGAAGACUCAGGAACAAGAGAAAAUGAUAGUACUGCAGACCCAGGGACCACUGAGGACUAUGUCACCACUGACCCAGAGACCACUGACGAUUAUGUCACCUCUGACCCAGAGACCACUGACGAUUAUGUCACCACUGAUCCAGAGACCACUGACGAUUAUGUCACCCUUGAUCCAGGGAUCACUGAUGACUAUGUCACCACUGACCCAGGGACCACUGAUGACUAUGUCACCACUGACCCAGGGACCACUGAUGAUUAUGUCACCUCUGACCCAGAGACCACUGACGAUUAUGUCACCACUGAUCCAGAGACCACUGACGAUUAUGUCACCCUUGAUCCAGGGAUCACUGAUGACUAUGUCACCACUGACCCAGAGACCACUGAUGACUAUGUCACCACUGACCCAGAGACCACUGACGAUUAUGUCACCCUUGAUCCAGGGACCACUGAUGACUAUGUCACCUCUGACCCAGAGACCACUGACGAUUAUGUCACCCUUGAUCCAAGGACCACUGAUGACUAUGUCACCACUGAGCCAGAGACCACUGACGAUUAUGUCACUUCUGACCCAGAGACCACUGACGAUUAUGUCACCCUUGAUCCAGGGACCACUGAUGACUAUGUCACCCCUGAUCCAGGGACCACUGAUGACUAUGUCACUUCUGACCCAGAGACCACUGACGAUUAUGUCACCCUUGAUCCAGGGACCACUGAUGACUAUGUCACCCCUGAUCCAGGGACCACUGAUGACUAUGUCACCUCUGACCCAGAGACCACUGACGAUUAUGUCACCUCUGACCCAGAGACCACUGACGAUUAUGUCACCCCUGAUCCAGGGACCACAGACGACUAUGUCACCACUGACCCAGGGACCACUGAUGACUAUGUCACCUCUGACCCAGGGACCACAGAUGACUAUGUCACCCCUGACCCAGGGACCACGGAUGACUAUGUCACCACUGACCAAAGGACCACUGAGGACUAUGUCACCACUGACCAAGGGACCACUGAGGACUAUGUCACCUCUGACCCAGCGACCAGUGAGGAAUAUGUCACUGAAGACCCAGGGACCAGUGAGGACUAUGUCACCACUAACCAAGGGACCACCAAGGACAAUGUCACCACUGACCCAGGGACCACAGAGGACUAUGUCACCAAUGACCCGGGGACCACUGAGGACUAUGUCACCUCUGACCCAGGGACCACUGAGGACUAUGUCACCUCUGACCUGGGGACCACUGAGGACUAUGUCACCUCUGACCCAGGGAUCAAAAAGGAUUAUGUCACCACUGACCUGGAGACCACUGCACAUCAUGCCACCACAAACCCAGGGAGCAUGGAAAAUUAUGCCACUAAACCUGAUGAGACUCGUCCUCAGGGAACAGCUUUGGUCACAACAGUGAAACCCCCCAGGGUCCUAACACCCAUGGGCAUUAUCCUCAUAUCCCUGGCUGCCACCUCAGUCUCCGUGGCGCUCUUUGUGGGACUGGGCUUCGUUGUGAAAAAGUUUCUCCUGCAUCCAUUAAAUCCACCCACUGGGGUUAUUUAUCAUCCCCAUGCCAUGAACUGGAGCACACCAUGAAGAGGACCCCAGCAGUGACUACAGUUGGUUCUGGUGAAACCAGACCCCAUCAGUCUCUGCACGAUCGUGAAGCAUGACAUGUGUCCUCAGCUUCCAUGCUCCUCCCUGACUGCAGCCCUGGGACCACCAGAUGAGGAAGGCAGCUGGCCCUGGGAGCAAGCAUGUCAAGGGCACCCACGGAUUUACCCGUCUGCUCUGAAUGUCUCUGUAUUCUGUCUGGCCAUGGUUAUUUCCUCAGGAAAACUGUCCAUACCUAUAUACCAGGUUUGGUCAUGAAAAUUAUUUAGGGGAGUUAUGCACAGCUCUUUAAGUCUGAUUAAAUAAAUAAAACAAAUGUUUGUUUC